GGAUACCCCAAGUAGGUACGAUACCGUCGGCAUGAAGGAGAAACUGAGGGCAUGAGUGAUCACAGUAAGACCAAGAACAAUGAGGACAUUGAACACGUCUGCCGCGAACGUUUAUCCUGGUCCACCAGUCUUGCGUCCGUCACCUCUUGACCGUGUGGAAACCGCAAGACAACCCGUUUUUCCGUCAAGAAGCUCGAAGAGAAUGGCCACGACUAAAGCAGCUAAGUCCAAGGCCGCUGCUACCAAAGCGCGUUUUUAUGUGUCCACCGCAACUGCAUAUGCUGUUCUUUUUGUCC